UAAAAAAUGUUGUUCGCCAAAAAAGCAACAGCCACUCAAAUGUGCUUACGUGGAAAGCCUUUUCUUCCUGCAAUAAAGACGAAGUCAGAUAUUCUACUACGAAAACGACUUCUAACAUCAAAAUCUAGCGGAACUGGCAAAGAAGGCGCUAAAAAGAAAGAUUUAUGGAAAGACUAUCCAAUGAUCGACUAUAGCUUUGAUGCGAUUGUCGUUGGUGCCGGCGGGGCUGGUUUACGAGCGGCUUUGGGCUUGGCAAAAAACGGUUUUAAGACAGCUGUGGUAACUAAAAUCUUUCCCACACGUUCGCAUACUGUGGCAGCCCAAGGAGGUAUUAAUGCUGCUUUAGGCAAUAUGGAAGAUGAUGACUGGCGUUAUCAUUUUUACGAUACGGUUAAAGGAUCAGAUUGGCUGGGCGAUCAAGAUGCUAUUCAUUUCAUGUGCAGAGCUGCUCCUCAAGCUGUUAUGGAGUUGGAAAAUUGGGGAAUGCCUUUCUCACGCACAACUGAUGGCAAAAUUUAUCAACGUGCUUUUGGCGGUCAAACCCUUGAAUAUGGUAAAGGCGGUAUGGCACACAGAGCAUGUGCUGUUAGUGAUCGUACUGGCCAUGCCCUAAUUCAUACACUAUAUGGCCAGUCGCUUUCUUUUGAUUGUCAAUAUUUUGUAGAAUGUUUCGCAUUGGAUUUGCUAUUCGAAAAUUGCAAGUGUUGUGGCAUUAUUGCUUGGAAUCUUGAAAAUGGCUUGAUAUAUCGGUUUCGUGCUCCGAACACCGUUAUUGCUACAGGCGGCAGUGGCCGCACAUACUUUUCAACAACAGAUGGUCACACCUGUACUGGAGAUGGUACGGCAAUGAUAGCACGAAAAGGCUUGCCACUACAGGACAUGGAGUUUGUACAGUUUCAUCCCACUGGUAUAUACGGAGCCGGUUGUCUUAUAACAGAAGGCGUUCGAGGAGAAGGCGGAUUUUUUCUGAAUUCUAAAGGAGAGCGUUUCAUGGAACGAUAUGCGCCAAAGGCGAAAGAUCUGGCUUCGCGCGAUGUAGUAGCACGCGCCAUGACUCUCGAGGUAUUGAACGGAAAUGGUUGUGGAACUGAAAAAGAUCAUGUUCACUUGCAACUACACCAUUUGCCUCAAGAUGUUAUUCUUAAAAGACUUCCUGGCAUAGUAGUAACUGCGAAAAUAUUUGCUAAUGUCGAUGUUCUUAAAGAACCAGUUCCGGUAUUACCUACAGUACAUUACAAUAUGGGUGGUAUUCCAACCAAUUUUAAAGGUCAAGUAAUCAGUAUUGAUGACAACGGUAAUGACAUUAUUAUACCUGGCCUGUAUGCAUGCGGGGAAUGCUCUUGUGCAUCUGUGCAUGGAGCCAAUCGGCUUGGAGCUAAUUCACUUUUGGAUUUGCUGGUCUUUGGCAAAGCUUGUGCAGAUACUAUUGCUGAGAAUAAUACACCCGGUGAACCACUGCCUCCACUAAAACAAACAACAGGCGAAGAUUCAAUAGCCAAGUUGGAUAAUUUGCGACACAGUAAAGGUAGUAUACCACCAGCCAUAAUACGCUCCAAAAUGCAAAAGAUCAUGACCAAGCAUGCAGCUGUUUUUCGCGAAGCUAAACUAUUGGUAGAAGGUUGUAAUCUAAUUCAAGAAACCUACAAGGAAUUCCGUGAUGUUAAAGUUGUGGAUAGAAGUAUGAUUUGGAAUACGGAUCUAAUGGAAACACUUGAGCUACAAAACCUUCUAACUAAUGCCAUAGCAACUGUCACUUCAAUGGAACAUCGCAAAGAAUCCAGAGGUGCUCAUUCCCGCGAAGAUUUUAAAGUUCGCAUUGAUGAAUACGAUUAUAGCAAAGAUAUUGUGGGUCAAGAGAAAAAACAUUUGGAUCAACACUGGCGCAAACAUUUACUUAUUUGGUGUGAUGGUGCCGGAAAGACCACCAUCAAAUAUAGACCAGUUAUUGAUAAUGUGCUCGAUGAUUCGGUCGAUCCUUUACCUCCAGCACCAAGAACCUAUUAAUAAUAUCGUUUGUGAUUUCCAUAGCAGUUAAUUAUAUUUAUUUGUUUAAUAUGAUAUUUGUUUGUUACUAUUUAUUGUUUUUUUAACUGUAUAACUUAAAUUUUGGGAACAAUUUCAAGAAAAUUAAAUACACAUU